CACGCCUCUAUAAACGUCACUGACGACGUAACUUUAGCCAGAUGUUGUUCAGAGUUCCUGAAAAUGGCAGCUUUACUUCGCAGUGCCGUCGUCAUCAUUCUCAUAACGGUGUUGUUGACGAGUUUUGUCGCUGGUGAGCCAGCACGGAACGUUACCUCAAGUUCUCCCAAGUUCAACCACAAAGAUCCGACCACCGGACAGCGGCUCCUGUGUGACCAGUGUCCACCUGGAACACAUUUGAAGGACUACUGUACCGCCGAUAGUCCCACUGUAUGCCAGGUCUGUCCCGACAACCACUUCACCGAGUACUACAACUGGGAGCCCGAAUGUCGUUACUGCAACGAGUUUUGUGCCAAACCCAACCAGAAAAUGUUGACAGAAUGCACCACGAAGCACAACAGAAGGUGUGAGUGCAUGACCGGCUAUUUCUUGGAUCUUGAAAUUUGCCGGGCUCAUCGACAAUGUCGACGUGGAUAUGGGGUCGUCAGAAAAGGCACCCCGCAUUCUGAUGUGGUUUGUCGAAAGUGCAGACAAGGAACUUUCUCUGAUGCAACGUCCAACACCGCCCCCUGUCGCCCGCAUAGGAACUGCUCUGCUCUUGGCCUGGCCUUCAAACAACACGGGAGUCGUCACCGUGACGCAAUAUGUGGGGAUUCAGAUUCUGUGGAAACGGACCAUCCCAACAACAAUUCAACUACGCAAACCAUCGAAGACGAUAGUCUUCGCAAAGCAGUCGAUUACGUCGCCAAGAAUCUGUCCGUCCGCUGGCAGAAAUUCGCCAAGAAACUGCCCGGUAAGACGGUACCAAGGAGAGUCAUUAAGAACAUCAAAGCCUCGAACUCCAGUCGCCGCGAAAGGGUGACAGAAGUGCUGAAUGAAUGGGUGAAGGUCAACGGCAAGAAGGCCGAUCUGAAGGGGAUAGAGAGAGCCCUGAGAAGGAGUGGACAGAAAGAGUUGGCCCAAAGAGUUAGAAAGAUGUGAGCUCAAAAUGAAGCAUACGCAAAAGUUGAUGAUGGUUUAACCUACUUUAUCACGGAGCAUGUUCUUUUAGUCGUUAUCUAUCAGAAGUUUGGCAGUGACGUACAAAAGAAAAUACAUAUGAUAUGAUGCCAUAUUAGUAUUCAUAUGUUUCUGUAAGAUGUAUAUCCUGAUAAGAGAUGCUUGAGUUGUCAUGUUUGUUUGAUAUUAAGUUAUUGACAAGAGGCCAUUUCAUGAAACAGUUGUUACACUUGGCAAAAUGAAAUGCAAGUUUUCAAGCAUAUAAGCAUGUAUCUUUUGCUUCUUCUGGUUAAAAAAAGUCAGAUCAAACUAAUGCAAAUUAGCAGGGACUUUGCUUUGUGUUCUUAUUCCUUGCAUGGAAAAUUAAUAUUUUCAGACCUUUGAUAAGAUCAUAAAGGAAGCUGCAUUAACUUCUUGGAAAUAUAAAUGGAUGGUAAGGCCUGGGAUAAGAAAUGCUGUGUUAGGCCUAAGGAAUUUCUAAUAAUCACCUGUACUGUUUCACUGCCAGAAUAGAGGUAUUGUUGUGAUAA